AUGCGCAAAAUUUUAGUAGAUUGUGGAGUUUUAAAAUUAGAACGACGAAGCUCAUUAGAUUCUCAGAUUCCUUUAGAUUCCGAGGAUAAGUUAACUAUCUUGAAAGAAAAUACUGCAGAGUGGACGAUCAUAGAACAAACAUGGAAAGAUACGUACUUGAUUCAUGAUUUUAAUACAAAAUAUCCAGACAACAAUAUUAAGAUUAAAGAAAUUUGGAAGACUCUACAAACUGCCUUGGAUAGUUUUAUUAAUUCGAAAAAACUCUCUAAUGAAGUCCAAGAUAUAUUUGAAAUUUUUAAAUCUUCUAAAGAAAAUCAACAUGAUGCUAUUGUUUUAAUGCUUUUGCCAUUUGUUAUUAAAGCACCUGCACUGUCCACUAAAAGAAGCAGCAAACCACCUACUAAAAAACAAAAAGUAGAAGAACCUAAAUCAUCUAAAUCAACAAAAAUCAAGCCUCAAAAAACGUUUAUUUUGCAUGUAAAUAUCGCAGCUGAUGUAGACAAGAAAAUUGAUGAAGAACGCGAGUCUUUACUCUUAAUUAAAGAACGCGUACAGCCAUUUAUGGUUUUCGUUGGACCUUUGACAUCAUUGGAAGCAUUUUACGUUGUAGUCGAUAAAGUUCGCUACAAAUCUGAAUCUACGCUAGAAGCAUUGGAUUUGACGUUUAGAAUUUUUUUUGCGUGUACUGCGAUUAUCCUAAAUUAA